AUGAGCUGCCAGCGGGUGCUCACGCCUCUGAGGAGGCAAGUGCCUCGAUCUCUCAGAUCAGCUUGCAAGCUGUCUAGAUGCUUCAGUCUGAGUGGUCAGUCGCAGUCUCAGGGUUUUGCGGAUGGUCUGCAUGUCUCCAAGGAGAUCAGGCAGGCAAUCGCCGACAGGCAGCCUGUGGUUGCGCUGGAGUCAACAAUCUACACGCACGGAGCUAUGGGAAAGGAUCUCGCCCAUGAACACGAGGAGCUCAUCCGGAGCUACGGCGGCAUUCCUGCUAUUAUUGCCAUCGUUGACGGCGUGCCUACCGUUGGUGUGUCGCCGAGCGAGAUCGUACAGAUGAUCGAGGCUGGCAAUGCCGUCAAAGUGUCAAGGAGGGAUGUGUCAUAUCUCGUGGGGAUGGGCCUAGCUGGGCGUAAGAUCCAUGGUGGUACCACAAUCUCAGGCACCAUGCUCCUGGCUCGUCUGGCCGGCAUCCGCGUCUUCGGCACUGGCGGCCUGGGCGGCGUCCACCGUGGCGGCGAAAACACAAUGGACGUCUCGGCUGAUCUCACAGAGCUGGGACGCACCAGGGUCGCCGUCGUGGCAAGUGGAUGCAAAGGGUUUCUCGACAUCCCUCGGACGCUCGAGUUCCUCGAAACGCAGGGUUGUCUGGUUUCGACCUUUGCCGACGGACGUAGCAAGAACAUUGACUUCCCCGGGUUCUGGGCACGCAACAGCGGCACACCGACUCCCUCGGUCGUCAACACGGAGCGCGAGGCGGCGGCCAUGAUUCUAAGCCAAGAGAGGCUGAAUAUUGAGUCUGGUCUUCUCUUUGCCAACCCGGUUCCCGAAGAAUACGGCAUUCCGCUGCCUGAGAUUCGCGCCGCCAUUGAGCAAGCAGUCACCGAGGCGGAUGAGAAGGGGUUCACCGGCAGCAAAAACACCCCGUACGUUCUCGGGAGGCUGAAGGAGCUGACCGGCAACAAGGCGGUCGUGGCCAACAUAGCGCUUGUCAAGUCGAACCUCAUCAGGGCGGCCAAUGUCGCCGUUGAGCUGGCGCGCUUGGAGGACCCGUCGUUCCAGCCCACUGCGAGCCAACAAUCGGCACCGUCUGCACCUGUCCCUGCCCAUGCCCCGAUAUCAAGUGACCCUUCCUCUGACAUUCUUGUUGCUGGCUCGGUGGCCGUCGACUUGAGCUGCAAUUACACACCAUCCUCCAAGGGCGAAACUGCACCACAACUGCACACCUCCAACCCGGCAGCUAUACGGCACUCUGUUGGUGGCGUUGGACACAAUGUCGCGGUCGCUGCCCAUCGUGCCAGUGGAGACAAGUCUCGCGUCAAGCUGGCCAGUCUCAUUGCUAAUGAUACCUGGGGCUCUACAAUUCUGUCGUCCCUUGAGUCCGAGGGCCUCGAUCCUGUCUUGGUGUCCAAGCUUCUAGACACACAGACAUACCGCACAGCCCAAUAUGUCGCCAUUAACGACGGCAAGAGAGAUCUCGUCAUGGCCAUGGCCGACAUGGACAUCUUCAACUACGAUGCUGACCCUGAUUUGCUCCAGCGUGUCCUAGAGCAAAGCCGACCAAAAUGGCUUGUUGUCGACGGCAACUGGAGCGAGACCAACAUCAAGACGCUCGUCAAAGCAGGAACGAAAGGCGAGUGCAGCAUUGUGUUUGAGCCGGUGUCGGUGGAGAAAUCGCGACGACUGUUCGGACUCACGAAUGGAGCCCCUGCGCUCACCGUCUUCCCCCAGUCGAGUAUGGACCUCGCCUCGCCCAAUACAUAUGAGCUGGCGGCCAUGUAUGAGCAGGCCAAGCAGCGAGGGUACUUUGACACCAAUGAAUGGUUCGGCGUCAUCGACGCGUUCGGCAUGCGUGGGGCGAGAGAGAAGUUUGUGUACAUGACCUCGCGCGAGCUGACUGAUGCUGGCAUCCCGGUGCAGAUGGUGCAGCUUCUACCGUACAUACCCACGAUUGCCACCAAGUUGGGGCCCAAAGGUGUGUUGCUGGCCUCCCUGCUUGGACCAGAGGAUCCUCGUCUGUGGGCGACGGAGGAGCGGCAGCACAUUCUCGCGCGCGCAGUAGACCAUCCCACCAUUGGUGGCAUCUACAUGCGCCUAUACCCGGCCGUGGAGAAUGUUGAAGACGUGGUAUCUGUCAAUGGCGCGGGCGACACAUUUCUGGGUGUUCUGGUGUCAGGACUUGCCCAAGGUGCGAGUGCCGACAAAAUGAUCGAUGUCGCGCAGCAAGGCGCCGUCAUGUCGUUGCGGUCGGCUGAGGCGAGGUCCCGCUCUGGCGGGGCGCCGCUGCAAGGCUGA